CAAAGUUACUUGUGUAAAUGUCCAAAGAUUCCUGACGAGCUAGCUACAAAAUUUAACAAAGAAUAGUAUAGAGACUUUGAAUUUGCUAAAUUUUGAAGGGAUCGAGAAAGUGGGCAAAAAGAGUGGCACCCACAUGAGAGAAAAUGAGCCGUUCGCGGACCACGAUGCCUCGUGCCUUGGACUCUCGUAGUCUCACUGUUCAUGCAGGACCCAUUAACCUCAUUGUUCUUGUCUCCUUCCACACGUGUGUGCUCGUGCCUGCACUGUUGUGGCAGACUUAA